AUGUUUUACUGUAUUGUACUGUUGGCGAUAAUCGGUGCUGUUCAAUCGCAAAUGGUCCGGCAGUGUACCUGCCAGGAAUUCGAGCCAUGCAAGAACAAAGCAACCGGAAACAUUAUGCAAUGCUCAGAUCAGUGCCAGAGUCAUCUGACAGCUAUGGGUGGUUCGUACCCAGCAUUGAGACAAUGUAUCCAGGCUAAGGAGCCAAUGAUCAGAGGAGUCGUUGGCUGCCAAAGUAACGAGUUGUCUGGAGCAUUGGGCGAGAGCCCCUGGCGAAAGUUCCUAAGCGUUAUCACGCGAAACACUGAAAACUCGCGCGCUACGCGGAAAUCAAUUCAAUGCCUGCUCGACUCCGAGCCCGACCAAGUUUCAUUGCUGACGGAAAGAAAUUUGCUACCUGCAAUCGAAAAAUGCAUGACCUGCAUCGAGAAAUGCAUGGACCGAGGAACCGGAGGAUGCUUUAAGAAACUAAACUGCGGUUUGGCUCUGCCUCCAGACAACGUUCUUGUCCAGACUGCUAAGCAAUGCGCCAUCAGACAAGGUUUCAACACUCCAGCGAUUCAGCAACUCUGCCGCUGCUUCGCUAACGCCGGUGUCAGAGGUCUCGCACCACUUUGCUCAAGGAUCCAAAUCUCAUAA